AUGGACCGCAUCCCGGAGGAGCUGAUCGUCAUGAUCAUUGAGAGCUCGCUGGAAUAUGAGACAAAUCUAUACUUGGACUUGCCCCCGAUGCUCACUCCCGACAGUGUGGAGACGGUCUUGAAUUUACGCGCCGUGAAUCGCACGUUUGCGCGCUGCUCGAGCGGAUUCAUUCCGGGGGUUCUAGAGUUGAGGGAGAUGAUGCUGGCGCAAACUGACCUCAACAUGCUGGAACUCAUGACGCGCAACCAAGCCAUCUGCAGUCGCUUCUACAGCCUCGCAAUUAACAUAGAAGCUCCUAUUCGCGGCCUCUUUGACAACGAUAACUCGUUUGGGCUGGACCUCGUAGAGGACGUCCGCAAAUACCGCCAUGCCGCCGAUAUGCAGUGGGGCUAUUACCCCGAGGCCACUAAUAGGCUUGCCGUCAUCUUCAGCCGCUUGCACAGGCUCAAGCGGGUGACUUUAUAUCAUCAGGAUUUGAACCAGCCAGCGCACAUCUUCGGAUCCGACAUGUGGCAAGCCGAGAUCAAGAGCUUAGAGGCUCACCCACUGGAUGUCAAGGGAAUUCUGGACGUUGACGCCACCUGCACUGGCCUCCGAGCUCUCUUGUCCGCAGAGAGCAAGGUGCAGCGCGUCGAUCUGGCGGACCUGCCGCUUACCGCCAACAACCUUGAUAGCUUCUGCCACCUUGACGGCCAUCUUCCCAGCGUCAGAACCUUGGAAAUCAGUCUCUCCGCCCAAGAGGGCAAGGACAUAUUCCACAACAGCAGCAAGGCCAUCCACUCCGUCUUCGCCAUCUUCCCCAAUGUCGACAACCUCUGCAUCGACACGAUCUACGCUGAUAGCGAUGCCCAGCCCCACGUCGUCUUGGAGCACGCAAUGCGGCAACAGCCCGGCAUCAAUCCGUUCAUCCAUACCCUUACGCGCCUCCAGCUCUCAGUGUGCAUGUAUGACCUUUGGAUCGACCCCAACAUCUCGUCGCUGGUCUGCCACUUCGCCCGCACUCUCCGUCACCUCGCCCUACAGUUCUGCACCGACACCGACGAAAGCCCCGUACCCAUUAGGGAAUUCAUCGACCCGAUGAUGAUGAUGGCCACUAUGCGCCUUGAGACCUUCUUCCUCCAGUUCACUUAUAGCAAAGUUGAAGGCCUCGACGCGCUUCCCUGCCCCAUGCCGAAGUUUGCUGAUCGCGUAUUCGUGCGCCAUGCAGAUCCAGGUGACUUCUCUGAUGGGUCUGAUGUUAUUGAUGAGACGGGAGACGAAUGGACAUGCCGCACUGGCGACUUCGAGCUGUGGUUUGGCGAUGCCGAGGACAAGGGCCGGAAGGAGGUAUGGGAGCCGCGGGAGUUCUGA